AUGCCGUUCCCAUUCUUCAACCUACCGCAAGAGCUGCGCGAUGAAGUUUACGAGCGCCUCAUCUCAGAAGCGCAGUACCCAAACCACCCUCGUCAUCCUUUCCAAGAUGUGGACAUGGCAAUCCGCGGUGCCUUGGUGCUGAAGCUACUGCUGGUCAGCAGACGCUUCGCGCAGGAGUAUCAGCAGUGCCAAAAGAGUCAUGGUGUGCUCAUGAUCGACGCCAUCAAGGUGCGGAGUCGUCCAGCUUCGAAAGAUAUUGUAUACUCGGCAGAGACGCCGCCCAAUGGAAAUUGGGUUCGUGCGAAGGACCAUUUCGGCUUGAAGUUGAUCGGCGACUGGCGUAGAGGAGAUGGGUGGAAAGCGGUGUGA